CACCCGGCAUCUGUCUCAUGGGAGCGCUUUCUCAAGAUGUGUGAGAGAGACGGAGAUAGGGUUUUCCCGUCCCGGCCGGCGUCGCUCCGCAGCCAGCUCGAGGGACAAAACGCAAAUGUCGGGAGGGAAUCCACUCGUUCCCCUCCUCGUAUUGGCCUGAUUCCUCCGGAAUUCUCCAAGGGCUCGGCUGGGCCGCGUUGAGUGCGGAGAGGAAGGAUGAUCUUGCCGGUGGUGAAGCUUGGGACGUUGCUUCUGAAGACGGUCUGCAAGCCCAUCGCCAACCGGCUCAAGAAGGAGGCCGGCCUCCAUCCAAAGUUCCGCCAGCUGAUCAUUAAUCUAGCUCAGGCCAACCAUCGCAUCACAACAAACAUACAAAGACGAAUUUAUGGUCAUUCAACCAACGUUGAGAUCCAGCCAUUAAAUGAGGAAAAAGCUGUUCAAGCUGCUGCGGACCUUAUUGGAGAACUCUUCGUUUUCUCAGUGGCCGGAGCUGGUUUGAUAUUUGAGGUGCAAAGAAGUGCAAGGUCAGAAGCUAGGAAGGAGGAAAUCCGCAGGCAGGAAAUUGAGGCUAUGAAACAGAAAGAGGAAGAGCUAGUGAGAGAAGUAGAACAACUCAAGCUGAAGAUCAGCGAGAUCGAACGGCUUGCCAAGGGACGAGGCCUUUCAGGUAUUCUCAACUUCAGGCAUGCUCACGCACUCGAAGGCGUCAAAUCAUCCGAAUGACUCGAGAAGAUUCCUGUGCUGGCGCUAAACCGGGUGUUGAUGCUUCCAUUGGAGAGGUAGGGCAUCUUGUGUUAGUGGUUGGAUUGUAGGAAGGUCAUGUUCUAUAGUCACUCUUCGCCGGUGAAACACAUCCAAGCCAAUGUACAGUGUCACGAAGCUUUAUUUCUCUACUGGAGUUGGAAAUAAAGAAAAAAAUUAUUAAAUAAUUAUUAAUGUAAUCUUGAAGAUUAAUAGAUCUAUUGUCACAAAUUUAGUUUA